AUGUCCGAAACUUUACCUAGAUCAGAUGAUUUAGAGGCCACUUGGAACUUUAUAGAGCCAGGUAUCAACCAGAUCCUAGGAAACGAAAAAAAUCAAGCAUCAACCUCUAAGAAGGUGCAGAAAAUUCUCUCUCCAACGAUGUACAUGGAAGUUUAUACCGCAAUUUAUAACUAUUGUGUGAACAAAUCGCGUUCUUCUGGUCAUUUUAGCACUGAUAGUAGAACAGGCCAAUCAACAAUCUUGGUAGGAAGUGAAAUUUAUGAGAAGUUGAAGAACUAUUUGAAAAGUUACAUUUUGAAUUUCAAGAAAACCGAUUCAGAGACUUUUUUACAAUUUUACGUUAAGCGUUGGAAAAGAUUUACAAUAGGUGCCAUCUUUUUAAACCAUGCCUUCGAUUACAUGAAUAGAUAUUGGGUCCAAAAAGAAAGAAGUGAUGGUAAAAGACAUAUUUUUGAUGUUAACACUUUAUGCUUAAUGACGUGGAAAGAAGUCAUGUUCGAUCCUAAUAAUGAUAUUUUAGUUAACGAGCUACUAGAACAAAUUACCCUGGAACGAGAAGGACAGAUUAUUCAGAGAAACAAUAUCAGUACAGCCAUAAAGUCCUUAGUUGCAUUAGGUAUUGACCCACAAGAUUUGAAAAAGCUAAAUCUGAACGUCUAUAUUCAAGUUUUCGAGAAACCAUUCUUAAAAAAGACACAAGAGUACUACACUCAAUAUACGAAUGACUAUUUGGAAAGACAUUCGGUCACUGAGUAUAUUUUUGAGGCACAUGAGAUAAUCAAGCGUGAAGAAAAGGCCAUGACAAUAUAUUGGGAUGACCAUACUAAAAAACCACUUUCCAUGGCGUUAAACAAAGUUUUGAUUACAGACCACAUUGAAAAGCUUGAAAACGAGUUCAUUGUCCUGCUCGAUGCAAGAGAUAUCGAGAAAAUCACUUCAUUGUAUGCACUAAUACGCAGAGAUUUCACACUAAUUCCAAGAAUGGCUACAGUCUUUGAAAACUAUGUUAAAAAGACAGGUGAAGAUGAAAUUUCUGGCCUAUUGGCCAUGCAUAAGCAUAACAUUAUGAAAAGCGAAAGUGCAAACCAAAAAAAAUUGGCAUUAAUGACUGUGCAUUCGCUUUCUCCCAAGGACUAUAUUAAGAAAUUACUAGAAGUCCAUGACAUAUUUUCCAAUAUUUUUAACGAAAGCUUUCCCGAUGAUAUACCUUUAGCCAAAGCAUUGGAUAAUGCCUGCGGUUCGUUCAUAAACAUCAACGAGUUUGCGUUACCUGCAGGGUCCCCAAAGAGCGCUACAUCAAAGACCUCUGAAAUGCUUGCUAAGUAUAGUGACAUGCUAUUAAAGAAAGCUACCAAACCUGAAGUGGCAAGCGAUAUGUCAGAUGAAGAUAUUAUAACGAUAUUUAAAUAUUUGACUGAUAAAGACGCUUUUGAAACUCAUUAUAGAAGGCUUUUUGCCAAGAGACUGAUCCAUGGCACUUCCACGUCCGCAGAAGACGAGGAAAGCAUCAUUCAAAGAUUACAAGCUGCAAACAGUAUGGAAUACACUGGCAAAAUAACCAAGAUGUUCCAAGAUAUUAGACUUUCUAAAAUCUUAGAAGAAGAUUUUGCUGUGACUCUGAAGAAUGAGCCCGACUACUCCAAAUCUAAAUAUCCAGACCUACAACCAUUUGUAUUGGCGGAGAACAUGUGGCCUUUUUCAUAUCAAGAAGUAGAAUUCAAAUUACCUAAGGAGCUAGUACCAUCUCAUGAAAAGCUAAAAGACUCCUAUAGCCAAAAGCAUAAUGGUAGAGUUUUGAAGUGGUUGUGGCCAUUAUGUCGUGGGGAAAUAAAGGCUGACAUCGGGAAACCAGGUAGAGUUCCGUUUAAUUUCACUGUUACAUUGUUUCAAAUGGCAAUUUUACUGCUAUACAACGAUGCCGAAACAUUGACAUUAGAAAACAUACAAGACAGCACAAGCUUGAGCAUUCAACACAUUGCUGCAGCAAUGAUACCGUUCAUCAAGUUCAAACUGAUUCAACAAGUUCCUCCAGGGCUAGACGCACUAGUGAAACCAGAAACCCAAUUUAAGAUAUCACGUCCUUAUAAGGCACUAAAGACCAAUAUAAAUUUCGCCAGCGGGGUCAAGAACGAUAUUUUACAAACCCUAUCAGGUGGAGGACACGACAAUCAUGGCAAUAAGUUGGGAAACAAACGCUUGACAGAAGACGAAAGAAUCGAAAAGGAGCUGAACACAGAAAGACAAAUUUUCUUGGAAGCAUGUAUUGUGAGAAUAAUGAAAGCCAAGAGGAACCUUCCACAUACAACGCUUGUCAACGAAUGCAUUGCGCAAUCACACCAAAGAUUUAACGCAAAGGUUUCCAUGAUCAAGAGAGCCAUUGACAGUCUAAUCCAAAAGGGAUACCUGCAAAGGGGAGACGAUGGGGAAUCUUACGCGUACCUUGCUUAA